AAAAUAAACAAACAAUUGUUUGGUUUCGAAUGUUUGAAAACAUUUUAUCAAUUUAAUUUACGAAUUCAACAGUUCAUCAGAAUAACUUAUUGACUGCACAAAAAUAUUUGUGUUUAUACGAUUGUGUGAGUUUGUUUAGCAAACUGCAAUUAAACAAAUUAGCAUUUUUCGCUUUAUUUUUUUUCGUUGUUGGUGAACAUCGUUUAGUGCUUUGAACCCAAGAAUAUAGAACGCGUAUGGAAUACUUGAUUCAUUCUCUGUGCUUGUGUUCGCGUCUCCCGCCCCAAAUGGAUUGUUGAAACUCUCAAUGGUAAAAACAAAGGCGUUCAAGUAAAAAUGCACACUGUAAAAGUGACGCCUUGGCUGCUCUACAAGCAUCAAACGAUAUUUUAUCGUUAAUUGCAAAUAUAAAUAACCUCGAGAGAGUAAUAUACACACUAACAAUCUAUUCAUACGGACCGUUUGCAUUUUAUGCAUGCGUCCGUGCGCAUUCACAAAAGAAGUGCAAAAAACAACAACAACAACAAGUCUCGAAAAACGAGAUUCGCAAAAUAUAAAUGCAAAAAAGGGAAAAUAGGAUAGCAGUACCAACCGUAAUAUUAAUAACGAAUAGAGGGAACACGCUUUGGCACAACAGAGAGAAAGAAAAAAGAAGAAAAACACAAUACUGCUAACUGCAACACACAAGUGGAAUGCAAUUCAACAAACGCUCCGAAAUACGGAGGGAAAUAAAUUUGUGUUGUACAAAUCUCAAAUAAAAUCGAACAAAAAAAAGAGAGAGAAGAAAACAGAAAACAACCGGAGAACAAAACGAGGAAAACCAACGCAACCGGCUACACAAUUGAGUGAUCAACUGCUCGGAAAAGUACGGAAUUUAUGCGAAAAACUGAUUUGGUUUUUAUGUAUUCGGUCAACUCUACCAGCGAUUUAAGAAAAUAAUUGUAAUUUCUUGUGAUCUCCAUCGGACCCAAAACCACAACCAAUUCACCAUGGCCGGAAUGAAUUUCAUUAUUUUAAAGGUGAAUGGCAAAGACGUCAGUAAUUUGGCACAUGAGGAUGCAGUAAAUGCAUUUUUAAGAGCCGAAGAACCAAUACUAGUUGAAGUAAAGCGGCGCCAAAACGAUGCACCAUCAAUGACGCAACCAACAGAGCAAUCAACAUCGAAUUCAAAUGUAAUUAGCAGCGGUGGAAGGGGUACAGCGAUAAACGAAUCGUCAGCAGUGUCCAAAUUAUCAAGUGGAAAAUCAAUUCUAUUCGGUACACCGCAAUUAGAUGAGCAACGAAAAUCGAUUGAAACCACAUCGAUUGCCAUCCAGACGGAGCUUAUGUUGUGCGACUUUGAUAAUGAAUACAUUUGUCAAAGCAACGACUCACCAAUUAGGGACGAACCGCAUUUGAAUAGCAGUGAAAUAAAUCACAGCCAUGAUCAACAUAGCAGCAUUAUAAACAACAAUAAUAAUAACAAUAACAACAACAACGGACAUCAUCACUCAUUGCACCAUUGCACCAUGUUAAACGAAUGCAUUGUACCGCCUGAAAUAGAUAUCGAGGAAGUCACGCUACGUAAAAAUAAUAGUGAAGAGCGAAUCGGAUUAACGGUGAGUUACAGUUCGGGAAAUGGCUCUGGGUCCGGCUCAGAUGAUGCGGAUACCUGUACGGAGGUAUACAUUAGUGAUAUAGCUGAAAAUAGCGUAGCUGCAAGAGAUGGACGCCUACGGCAAGGAGACCAAAUCUUACAAGUUAAUGGACGUGAUGUAUCGUCCAAAGAGGAUGCUGAAACACUAUUUUCGGAAAAUAAAAAUGCUGUUACAUUACUUGUUAGCCGAAGUUUGUACACGAGCGAAGAAUUCUCCGACAAUGAUAACGCUGACUAUUUUGAUGAUUGUGAACGAAUUCAUAAUACGAUGUACCAAAAUGGUUAUUUGCAGCACGUUUUUAAUAGCAGCACAUUGCCUGCAUCAGCAUCGACCGAAAUGAUGUGUGAGAUGACAACGGGCGCUAGUACUAAUGACAACAAUCAAAAUAUUUCGGAAUCACUCUGCAAGAGCGGCAAUCACGAUACAAACAAUAUCAAAAAUACCAACACAUUGUCAUCCAAGUCAUCGAGCUCGAAUCAAUCGGAACUGUUAAAUCUAUUGCCAAACUAUCAACCGAGGUGGCAUCAUCAGCUAAUGCAUUCAUCGUUUGCAGUGCGAAAUCCGUUGCAUCCAUCGAUUAUCAAAGCUCAUUUGGAAUCGGUGAACCAUGAAAUCGCCCAAUUAGAUUCGCGCAUUGAAAGUAUCUUAUUAAAACAACAUCAGGCAAUGAAUCAACAAGCGAUUGCAGAAGCAGCCGAGAUAAAUGCAUCGACUAUUUACCGAAAUCCCGUUGACACAAUGGUUAAUUUCAACGAAUCCGAUUUAAAAUCGAAUGCAUCGACGACGGCUACAUCAUCUGCAAAUAAUACAACUGUGAUAAGCGCAUCGCCAACGGCAGCAUUAGACAAUAAACUUUCAAGUAUGAGCGUUUCGAAUGGUAGUGGCCAAACGGUAGCGGCGGUGGCGGCAGCAGCACCACCAACAGCAAAUGUAAUAAAACCACCUUCUUCUGCACCACGUCGUUAUCCGACACAAUACCCACCACAAAUCGAUUCUGAUACAGAACACAUUUACGAAACGAUCCCCGAAGAUUCCGAAUCGGAACCAAUUUAUUGUUCACCAUAUAAAGGCGAAACGGAUUCCGAGCAAAAUCUAGUGCAUGAAUGGCUAAAUAUGAAGGAUGAACAAAAAGUUCGAUGCAUCGAUAGCAAGACCGGCAAUUGGACAAGAAGCACAAAAAGCAAUUCAAGUGUCGAAGACCAUGAAAACAGUUCGAGUGCAUAUAAUACAGGAGGUUCAUGUAAUAGUAAUCAUCAACUAACAUUGGAGUUGAGCGACACAAAUAACGAUGAUGGCAACAAAACGCUUGUAUUCUGUCCCAUGAAGCAUCUUCAACCGAAAUUCCCAGGGCAACAGCACGAUUCGAAAUCACCGACCAUCCGACAAUCGACCUCAGCCAUUAAAAAGGAAAAAGUGAUGAGCCCAACACACAAUCGACGAUCAGAUUUUCAUAAUGAACAACAAACCGCCACAAGGAAAUCCCAUUCAAAUAAUCAAGAUUCGUCUACCGUUCGGUGUGAUCCAAAUGCACCGGCUUCUGUGCCAGGCGGUGGUGAUACGAUGUACACGAAUUUGGCGAAUUUACAACAAACAAUGCUGCUACAACAGAGAAUGUUUUUGCAAGCUCUUUGCCAGCAAAAUUCAAUUGUAAAGACCGCAAAUCAAAAGAACAAUGAUGUGCAAAACGAUCCGGCCAAAAAGAAUUUUAUCGCUCCGAGUUUAAGUCAAUAUAGAUUUGUCAGUGGGCAACAGGCAUACACACAUACAAUACAGCCGCAACCAAGCGAAGAGCGAAUGGAAUGGAAAGUCAAGCGUCGGGUCGACGGAAGUAGAUAUAUUGUACGACGACCGGUACGAAAUCGAACCCUACGUGCGGCGCGUGCAUCAAAAAUCAACGAAGAACGAGCCAACGAUCAAACCACCGAAGAUGAUACAAUAUCUGAAGUGAAAAUGGGCCGAUAUUGGACUAAAGAAGAGCGCAAAAAGCAUAUGGAAAAGUCGAAAGAACGCCGUCACCGACAAGAAUCGAUAAUUGCAUCAAAAAAUCAGCAAAUACAAGAAAGUUCAUAUGCACCACCAGCUCAAUAUUACCACCUUCAAACACAACAACCCACCCAAGCCACAACUGCCGUCAUCGACAAGAAAACAUUGAAGAAAAAGAAAGAAUCAACAAUGAAUGCAAUGACUGGAGCCACCACCCCACAUGACACAAACAUGCAAAUUGUCACAAAUCGAAAUAGUAAUGUUGCCACAACGACGGCGACAGCCGUUGAUGUGUCAAAAUUAUCGGGAAUUCUUUCUGUGACCACAGUAUAAGUAUGAAUUUUAGCCAUAGCUUCGAUAUUUUUUAUUUAUCCUCGACAAUAAAUACCUUCAUAUACCGUAUUUUCUCCGUAUAAAGAAUGCAGAACAUUUUCCAAAAUCUGUGGAAAUAUUUUCCCUUUUUUUCGAUUUGGUGAAAGGUCUUAUGCACCAUUUGACUGUAGAAUGGGAGUCGAAUGAAAGAUUAAAAAUUAUUUUGGUAUGGUGAUUUGAUACUUAACUUUCUGUCAUUCAUAAUGCCACCAAAACAUCAACGUUUAAAAAACAGUGUACGUAAGUCUUGUGCCGUAUUUUUAACGAAACUUUUUGUAUAUGAACUAGAAAACUGCUAUUCAAUUUCAAACAAAAAAAUAAUUGUUUAAAAAGUAUUAUCGAAUUUUUAGCCAAGUAUAAAGAAUUAUGUGUAUCACGCAGAAAUGUAUUUUGUUUUUAAAUAAGCAAACACAAAUUAUUUCACAUUUCAAACUCUACUAGUUUAUCGCCUAACUAUAGUUAUCGAUAAUUAUUCAAUUUAAGAAUGAAAAAUCAAAACAAACCAAUACAUCUGGAAUUCCAAAUAAAGUCAAAAUAUGUUAUUCAUUCAU